UCACGUGAUUAAUGUUUUUCUUUUGAGUUACGUCGUCACAUCAUUCUGGAAAUCUAGUGUCAGGUCGAAUGACGUCGUGUCACUUGUUUUGACGUUAACAAAGUCUGGCGACUUAAUGGGAAUAUUAAACGAAUCCUUCGACAACAUACAGAGACUGGUUAAUGAAAAGGGAGAGCAUAGACCUGAUAUUGCUUUGGAUGGCACAAACUCUUGUGACCUGAAAUAAUGAGUCAUAGAUGGGCUCCAAAUACCUGGGUGAAACAUGCUCGCAAGUCAGCAGCAUCAUUUCCCUUGUCUGGUAACUCUCACUGCAAGGUUCAUGUCCAACAGCCUUAUUGCUACAAGGUUGGCUAUCUCAGCUGGAGGCACAUCCACCACCUGAGGGUUAUUGGGUGUAACGGAUGGCUUUUUAAAGCUAGCCAGGUUAGACAAAGACUUGGACUCCACACCAGCACCUUGUAUUUGAACACUUCAGCCUCAAGGUGGUCUGCUGGGCUGAGCCAACACAUGUCGCGGGUGAAGAACACACUGGACACAGUUUCUAAAGCUGUGAGUGGGACACAUACAGAGCUCCUCUCCAAAAUCGCCAGACUCAAGCCUAGUGCUUUAAAGGCAGGGAAAAAUGCUAAGGCUGGUGUUGAGUCAACACCAAAAGCUGAGGAGAGUGCUGUGACAUCUACUCCUGCUACCACUAAUGCUGCUCCCCUUUCUACAUCUACUACACCCAAACCCAUAUGUAACGCAUCUUCUGCAAGUCUUUCUAUUCCUACUUCUGCUGCUACAUUUGAUGCAAGUGCCACUACCUCCACUCAUCCUCACAGUUUUACCCAGGUGACUGACACUGCCACAAUUCUAACUGUGCAUGAACACAAGGAGAAAAGGUUGAGACGUGUUGUUCCCACUGUCAAAGACGGUGUAGCCAGGAAUCAAGAGGAGCUUAAACUUUCACAGAGUGAUAAUGAGAGCAAGACUUCCAAACAAAGCACAGCACUUUUCCAUCCCAGCACCUUCACAGUGAGCCUGGAUGAGACUUACAACUACCUGGCCCAUCAUAUUAACUCAUACUUUGGCAGCAGUACGAAGACUCAGGACAAGAAAGUAGACAAUGUUGACUAUUCAUCUACUUCCUCUCAGGGUCAACAAACUAGUGACCUCUUGCUGGUGUCUGAUAAAACAGUUACUCCACCUCCCUCUAAGAAAGGUUUAGGACACUACUUGUCCUACUCAGCUCCCACUGUGCAAGCCUUUGUGGGAAGCUACAUUGCUCACCUGGUCCCCAAGUUUAGGACAGCUGAGUCCAAAAGUGCUACAGUGGAGGAGAAGAAGUCUGAGGAAGCACCAGUCAAACAGGUCGAGGCUGCAAUAAGUAAAGAGCAGAAGGCUGCGGAGGAGAAAGCCAAGAAACUUCUUCUUCAAAAGGAGAAGAUCAUUGCUAGGGUGAGUGUGGACAAUCGAACUCGGGCUCUGGUACAGGGUCUCCACAGGGCCUCAGAUGUAAGAGUCUACAUCAACAGGGUGGAAGACCUCAGCUACCAUCUCCUGGAGUUUCCAGAGACUAGUGGUGUUGCAGUCAAGGAGAAGGUUAUCCCUUGCCUACUGCGUCUGAAACAGGCCAAUGACCCAGGCCUGAGAGCAGCAGUUAGAGAAGCCCUCGCUCUGGUGGGCUACCACGCACCUGUUAAAGGCCGGGGCAUACGCAUCCUGUCCAUAGAUGGAGGAGGAUUAAGGGGACUUCUUGCACUUCAGACGUUACACAAACUGGAAGCCCUGACCGGCAAACCCAUUUACAAACUGUUUGAUUAUAUAUGUGGUGUCAGCACAGGUGCUAUCUUAGGGUUCAUGCUAGGUGUGUUCCAAAUCCCACUGAAUGAGUGUGAUGAUCUUUACCGGAAGCUGGGUUCAGAUGUCUUCAAGCAGAAUGUCAUUGUUGGCACCGUGAAGAUGGGCUGGAGCCAUGCUUUCUAUGACAGCGAGGCCUGGGAGAACAUCCUUAGGUCAGUUCCUUUGUCAAUGAAGUGGUGAUUGUGCUUAGUUUAU